AUGUCUCCACAGGUGGUCCGGGUCCAGCCAGAGAGCAAGCUUCAGAAUGGAGGUGAAUGGAGUACUGGCCUGUGUGAGUGCCAUAAAGACGUGGGAGACUGCUGCUUUGCCCUGUGCUGCCUCCCGGUGUUUACCUGUAAGGUGACCCGUGCCGUGGGCUCCUGUGCUUGCCUGCCCCUGCUGGAUUGUAUCAGCUGCGUCCCGCCGGCCUCUCUCGCCAUGAGGGCGUCGGUCAGGGAACGAUACGGCAUUCCGGGGAGUGUGUGGAGCGACUGCCUGUACGGAUGCUGCUGCUACCCGCUUUCUUGGCUCCAGAUCUCCAGAGAGCUGAAGAGAAGAGCCGCCUCCCACGCCUCUCACGCCUCCUCCUCCUCCUCUUCCUCGGCCAGAUACACUGCUCUGACCUCCCUGCAGGGGGCGCACUUGGUCUAG